GGUCGAACAUCGAGCGGAAACUCAGCGAGUGUCCAGUGUUUGGUGGUAAUCGACGUCGAGGACGUCAACGACUGUGCACCGCGUUUCCUUGGUGUGCCUUAUUUGGCGUCCGUUCCUCGAGAUGCAAAACCGAACGAGAAAGCCUUCAGUGUGAGAGCUGUGGAUGCUGAUGAAGGCAUGAACGGUGCUGUUAGGUAUGACGAUUACUGA